CCCAACUGUCGGAGAAGUUUACUGUUGGUAACGGUGUCCGACAAGGAAGUGUUCUUUCUCCGUCCUUCUUUAAUAUUUAUAUUGCGGAUUUACUGAUAAGGCUAAAGAAUCGUGGAUAUGCUGCUAGGGUGGGUCCUGCAUUUGUUGGCUGCCUGGCUUUAUGCUGAUGAUGUACCUUUGAUUUCCCCUACUGUGAAUGGGGCACAGAGGAUGCUUGACAUAUGUACGUCAUUUGCAACCGAGAAGGGAUUACUAUUCAACAGCAAGAAGAGCUUUGUAACUUUGUUCGUCAGGAAUCGGAGGUUCUCAUUUUUUGAUCCCCAGUUGGCACUCGAUGGGUGCAUUCUUCCAUUCAAAUCAAACAUAUCGCAUUUAGGCGUGAGUAUGGAUUCAUUUCUACAACCUCGACAUAUGGUGGAGGUCAGAAUUAGAAAAUUCUUUGGAGUGGUGAAUGCGGUUCUGGGACAAAUCGGUGGUGUAUGUAGAUCUGACAAAGUAUGGUUAAAAAUCGUGGACAUGAAGCUUUUUCCGGUACUGGCAUUUGGUUCUCAUCUUUGGGAUUAUGAUAGAUCUGAUGUAUCAUACACGAUUAAUCAAGCAUUUCGAAAAGGCGUCAGACGCGGGCUUGGGAUGAGGAAAUAUGAAUCCAUUCAUGAUAGGCUGAAGGAUGAUUUCAAAGAAGCUAUGACGAGAGCUAAGGGCACAAGGCUGAAAUAUUCACGUAGAGCAGGACAGUCGGGUAAUUAUCUGGUGAGCGGUCUAUUUAUAUUAGCUGUAGAUAAAAAAAAUUGCAUGUAGGAAUGAUGUAGAUAUAUUGUAGCUUGUGCUGUCUGUUGUAGCUGGUAUAUUUUGUAGUCUGUUAGCUGUACGUCUUAUG